CGUCGGGUUGUUUUGGAGUGGUGCAGAGCACGUGGAGGCACAGGUUAACUUUACUGCAGUCAGACAGAGUCCUCCACACUGCAGGUGACACAGAAAGCACGAAAGCCAGCCGAUUGUGAGAGAUGUCAGCGGGAGGUCAGACCACCAGCAGCCGGGAUAUCCCCGCAGUGAGAAGGGUCGCCGUUCACGAUGCUGCCCACAUGCCCCAGGAUUACUCCAGCACUCCCGGGGGGACACUGUUCAGUACCACGCCAGGAGGCACAAGAAUAAUCUAUGAGAGGAAGUUCCUCCUGCAGUGUCGGACGUCUCCUCUAGCUCGUACGCCUCCCAACUUGCCUGACAUCCCCGGAGUCACAAGGCCACUCAAACCUGACUCCUCCUCGUCCGACACAAACCAGCCAGAAAAGACGGCCAGCAGUAACGCCAAACACAGCUUGCAUAAACAGGAGAGCACAGGAGAUGAGUCCCAGUUUGAAAUGGACAUUUGAAGAGUCGGCCAUAAGGAUGAAAAUAAUUCCCAACAUGUUCAUUGUUUUUAUUUACUGUUGAGAAAAAACUGAUAAAUGCUAAAAAAUAAAUAAAUAAAUAAAGAAUUCAGUUGAAAUGAGAUGUCUUACAGUUCUGAAAACAAAACUGUAUUUUUUUUGUAAUGAUUACUAUGUGAAAAUGUUGUACUCUUAUAAAAUAAUACAAUUGUAGCUUUGCCUUAAUGGCCGCUUGACUUUGUAUUAUCUGUAACAUAUUUGACAAGGAGGUCAAAGCCUUAUUGAAGUUAAUACAUUAAUAUGUUAUGUGAUUUAUGUUUGAUGAGUUUGAAAACAUGCUUUUAAACUAUUCAAUUGAAAUUAAAGUAGUGAAUCUACAUUGUAUAAAGUACAGUUCAAUAAAUAAAUU